UUGUAUUGAUUAAAUGCCGAACACCCCCACCCUCUGGAGGUGUAAAAAAUUGUUAAAUGUGAUUAUUUUUGUCCCACUUGAGUUGAGAGCGGCAUAUUCCCUGAUCGAUCAGAAAGUCGGCAAUGGAGAAAGACGGCGCCGGAAUUGAGGAUUUGAGCGGUGCUGGUGAUGGCGAUGACGGGAAGAAGAACGGGGACAGAGUGAAGGGACCAUGGUCGCCUGAAGAGGACGCAAUUCUUAGUCGAUUAGUGGCCAAUUUUGGUGCCCGGAACUGGAGCCUCAUCGCCCGAGGAAUUCCGGGCAGAUCGGGCAAAUCCUGCCGUUUGAGGUGGUGCAAUCAGCUUGACCCUGCUGUCAAGCGCAAACCCUUUACUGAUGAAGAAGACCGCAUUAUACUGUCAGCUCACACGGUUCACGGAAACAAAUGGGCAUCAAUCGCAAGGCUGUUGCCAGGAAGAACCGAUAACGCUAUUAAGAACCACUGGAAUUCAACGCUGAGGAGAAGAGGUGGCAAAUUCAGUACGUUAGGGUCCACUGCUACUAAUAUUAACAUUAGGGAGGACGUUGACAGAUCAAAAGCAUCGUCUGAAGAAACUCUAUCAUGUGGGGAGGGGGAUGUGAACUCAUUCAAGUGCGUUGAUGUCACGUGCAUCAAUGAUCUUAAUAAUAACGAGCAGGCGACUGCUACAAACCUUUUCCGUCCUAAGGCCCGUGUUAGUGCAUUCAACGUGUAUAACGAUGCUCAGCAAACAAAAGCAGGAGAUUUUGGGAUGGUAAGAAGUGAAGGUGAAGGGUUAGUCCCUCAUCGAUGCGGGCACGGUUGCUGUGACGGUGACGGUUCAAGCGGAAGUGGUUUGCUGGGGCCGGAAUUUGUUGAUUAUGCGGAGGCUCCUUGUGGUUUUCCGAGUCAUGAAUUGGCUGCCUUAGCCACUGAUAUAAGUAACAUUGCUUGGGUCAGAAGUGGGUUAGAAAACAGCAGCAUUGUAAAACCGACAACAAGAGAUAAUGAGCAGUUGCGUUUGGGUGUGCUUUCUCCUGUGCCUCUCAGUUGGCAGCCUUGUGUCCAACCGACAAAUGUGAUAUGAAGUAAUAUUAGUGUUGAGACAGACAUAUUAGUUUGGUUGUGUUUUUGUGACGAUGAUGAAUGGGAAAUUGUGUUUGUAUGAUGAGAUUGUUUGUUUUUCA